GCGGCCGCCGUCGGCAGCACUUCCGGCAGCACUUCCGGGUCCCGGGCGGACGGGCGGCGCGGCGCGGCAGGAUGCUGGUGCUAGUGUUAGGAGACCUCCACAUUCCACAUCGGUGCAACAGCCUCCCAGCUAAGUUCAAAAAACUGCUGGUUCCAGGAAAGAUCCAACACAUCCUCUGCACUGGAAACCUCUGCACCAAGGAGACCUAUGAUUACCUCAAAACCUUGGCUGGGGAUGUUCACGUUGUUAGAGGGGAUUUUGAUGAGAACCUGAAUUAUCCAGAGCAGAAAGUUGUAACUGUUGGACAGUUCAAAAUUGGGCUGAUCCACGGCCAUCAGGUUAUUCCAUGGGGUGAUGUGGCCAGCCUGGCAUUGCUACAAAGGCAGUUUGAUGUGGACAUUUUAAUUUCGGGGCAUACACACAAGUUUGAGGCAUUUGAGCAUGAAAACAAGUUCUAUAUCAACCCAGGCUCAGCUACAGGAGCUUAUCAUGCCUUGGAGAACAACAUCAUUCCUUCCUUUGUGCUGAUGGAUAUCCAAGCUUCCACAGUAGUAACCUAUGUGUAUCAGCUAAUUGGAGAUGAUGUGAAAGUAGAAAGAAUCGAGUACAAAAAAUCCUAGGACAGCUUCACGUGGCUGGUGCCUCUUAUCAACUCAUUCCAGAGCUGCAAACUACUUGCAAUAUUUGAUUGCUAGUUUAUAGUAUUAAAACACUCACUUGCUAAGUACUUAUAACAAUGUAACUAGCUUAGAGUAGCUUUCAAAUAAUGACACUUGGGUAAUUUGCUCUGUAUGGUUAAUUUCUUAAAAUAUUCUGCUAAGUAGCUAAGUGCACAAUGCUAUGGGAAAUGUGCUUGAGCUUGUUAAAGAACAGCCCUUAAUGUAAUAAAAUUGUUUUCCUUCAUUUUUUUUUUUUUUGUACAAAGCCUAAUUUUGAAUCGAAAACUGUUAGCAAAACACAGAGCCACUAUACCACUAGAACAUCUGUAAAUUGUUAAAUAUUUUUAACACUUUUAAAUUGUUUAAAAAUAUUUUAAACCAUCAACUCCCAGGUAGUACUGUUUUGAUAACGGUGUUUACAGAACCUUCGUAUUUAAUGCGAUUCAGAAACUUUAUUUCCAGAUUGGAUGUUAACCUCAAUGGUUACCUUUCAUAAAAAGGUUCAGCUAUGUGAGCCACACAGUCUUUACCUUAAACACACAUUUGGUGCUUAGCUUCUCCUUGAACAGAUCUUCAUCUGAACAAGAAGCAAGUAUAAACAAAGAACUUCUAGGAUAACAUUUAAAAACAUGUUCAAGAUUUUGUUUGUAAAAUAGCUCUGUUCUCUAAAAUUACCAGAGUGCUGCAAAUGCAAUUUUGUAGUAUAUGCCGAGGUAACUGUCAUUGACAGAACAGUUCAUUUGACUAGUUCCUGUUUGCUUACCACAGGCUUGAAGGAAAGGUAACAUUUUUUAUUUUGAUUCCAUUUGCUCCUGAAGUUACAAAAUAGAAAUGGUCCAUUUUAUGGACAGUAAGUUUAGAUGGCUUAGUUUAAUUGGACACCUUGCACCUCUUCAAAAGUCUGAAGAUCUGUUUUGCUUUCCAAAUCCUCUAUUAGGAUAAGAGGACCAGGACUUACUUUCCCAUUCUUAGCUACAUGUAACCUUGGCACCACAUACUUUAGCAGUUCCUGUUGUGCAUACCUGCCUUCUCUGUGCUAGCUAGUCCAGUAAGAAAUGGACCCCCAGAUGCACCUCUUGCAUCACAACCACUCUUCUUAGUUUCUACAGAACAGCGGACAUCUCUGAGGCUUCUCAUAGUGGUUUGUAAGCUCCAGCAUAUGGCUCACUGUCUCUCCAGCUUUAGAGAGAGAGCAUGUGCUUCUCCAAAAGAUGCUGAUCUCACUCUGUACUACAAUUACCUUAGAAAGGGAUAUUCCUCUUGCAGAAUACUCUCAGACUGUUUAGUAUGGUGUAAGAGCUGGUUGUCCAGCUUUCUUCCCACUCUGGAAGUAAUAUGCUUAUUAAACCCAGUCCCGUAGUUAACUGCAUAUCAUGCAAUUUACUGAUACUGAAAAGUAGAAAGUGAUCAAAACAGAUUAAAAGGCCAUCUGGUUAUUGUUACAGAUGUUUUCACUGUACCACUAGAACAUUGGUAAUUAGGUUUUUAAAAAGUACAAUCAACCUGGCUUCUUAUGUUUACCUGUGUUGUGUUGUUUUUAAAUGUACUCUGCUAGUAUUUCAUUUCUAGUCUAGUGAGAUGCUCUGCUUUUUUUGGAACAUUUAACCCAUGUAGCCAUAUCUCAAUGGAACAGUGUCAAAGACUAACUUAAAAAUGGGAGGAAAGUUUAAAUAAAUCAAGUCAUACGCAA